AUGGCUCUUGGACACAAGUGUGACGGUGAUACUUGGAAGCCCCAAGUUCUGCAUGCUGUUGUGACAUACUUAAAUGCAAAGUUGCAUCUGAAUUUGACGAAAGAUAACAUAAAAAAUAGACUGAAAAGCUGGAAGAAGCACUUCAAUGUAGUUUAUGACAUCCAAACUAAUCAAAGUGGUUUUUGUUGGGAUGAGGAUAGGAAAAUGAUUGUUGUUACUUCCGAUGAAUCAAGUUCCUGGGCUGCAUAUGUGGAGAAAAUCCAGCAGAGAAGAUGGGUGUGUAUGGCUGGGGAUUCUCUAAACAUAACCAUUGCAAUCAAGAAACUUAGUAAGGGUUUCCGGUUGCUGGUGAAAGAAAAUUGGGAUGACCUUGUUCUCUUAUGUGGAAGAGAUAGAGCAACGGGUCAAAAUGUUGAAACUUUUCAAGAAGGUAGCGAAGCAAUGGAUGAAGAUGUUGGGCAAGACUUGGCUCCUAGUUCCGAUUUCAUAGCACGAGCAAGGACAUCAAGUUCAGCAGAUUCAAACUUAGAGAAAAAAACAAAGUUUAAGAAAGAUUCACUGGCUGAAGUGGUAGGUGUUAUUGCUACUUCAUUUCAAGAGUAUCUGGCAAGGAAAAAACAAGAAGAGAAACAAGUGGCAUUGAGAUACAUGAGGUUGUAUCGGUUAUACCGUGAAGAAGUGUUCAAAGCUAUCCACAAGCUAAUGAAUGGCGAUCUAGAGGAGUUCAAAUUGUUGAAAGCCCUUCCAGAAGAAAAAAAAACAAGA